GCAUAUUUAAUAUUUGAAUUUAUUGCAAAUUUAUAAAUAGCGUACAAUUACAAUUGCACGUAGAAGUAUAGGCUACAUAAUGUUACAAGAUGUGUAAAAUGUCACAUGUAGCGCUGAGGUGAGAGCCCAAUUUCCUUAUUACAGCCACGUUGAACGUAAGCCGACUAAAUCAGUUUUAAUGUUGGUUAGUCCAGACAUUCCCAAAGGUUGUUAGCCUACUAUAGUUUAAAUGCAGCACGAGCUGUAAAGUAUUAGCUAUUGCUCCUAUUCACAAGCUGCUUAUCGUGAGAGGGUGGAGAAGCAAUGCAAUGCAGAGGCAAACAGAACGCAUUUACUUAGAACGGGCUACGGCUCUCCUCGGUAGCCUAGUUUAAUCAAUCAAAGUAUCUCUGGUUUAGUUCUUUCAAUCUCGCGACGUGCUGCUGCAUUGUUGCCGUACCUCAUAACAGAAACGCCCAAAGGUUCAGUUUCUAGCCUACACUGUAGCUGGGCAGAGUGAAGAAAAGUGACACUAUAGCGUGGAACCUGCUGCAGCUCUCUUCGCAAAGUCGACUACUCAUGUUGCCCACACAAGAACUUGUCUGUUAGGCUGUGUAACUCGUGGUCAAUAAUCUAGAAAACGUCAUUCGUGAUGAACGGGAAAAUGGAGUGGUUGUAUCAGCGAUGCCACAGGGAAUAUAUUAAUCAGUCUUUCUUCCGUCCUGGAUUUUUUAUCAUUUUUCUGGGGAUGCUGCUCACCCUUGUCAUGUACCCUGCCCUACGGAGUCUGGGUUUACAGCUACACUCGGCACUGACAGGGAGCUACAUGUCAGGACAUCACUCAGUGAUCGUCAUCAACUGUCCCAACGAGCAAGCCGCUAAGGACAUAAGCAGAGCCAUAAUGGAGAGAAGACUGGCUGCAUGUGUCAACAUAUUCCCCAAGAGCUACACCAUGUAUUACUGGAAGGGUGAAAUACAGGAUGCUACAGAAACUCUGCUGGUGGCAAAGACAAGGACGUCCAAAAUCCAGAGGCUUACAGACUUUGUGAAAUCUAUUCACCCAUACGACGUGCCGGAGGUUCUGAGCUUCCCGGUGGAGGAUGGAAGUCUACCGUACAUGAAGUGGAUAGAUGACGCUGUCCCAGAUGACUGACCUGCGACUGGCUUUUGAGACCCGGCACGGCUUCACUUGGAGCCCGGGGCUUAGGGUGCGACCGCGUCAGGGGCCCACGGGUCCUAUUCACGAAGGUCAGACCUACAGUAACAGCGGUUUAAAUUCAGCGAACCAUGACGUUAAAUAUUCUGUGGAAAAUUUUCAGGGUAUUAGACAUUUUGGUUAGAUGAAGAUUUUUAUAUUUUCUCUACUCCACAGAAUAGUGAUGUUUGUUGCCUGAAUUUAUUUUCAAUCAAUGUAUCCAAUAUAAUAGCUCAGUCUCAAAACUGUUCAUUCCUAAUACUUCAUUUAUGUUGUUUUAUAUUUUAUAAUGAUAAUGAUGUUCACACAUAGGUAACACAUAUUUUUUUCAUGAAGAUCGCCAAACCAUGAAAACAAUAUAUUGACGUUGAUCUUGGUUGAUUUUUUUUUUUACCAAACCCAUGACUCUAAAGUUCGUUCAACAAGUACUGAAACCACAUUUGUGAAAUACUGACAGUACUGGUCUGGUUCAGUGCUGCCUGCCAACAUUUCCACUGAGGUUAUCCAUUUUGCAGGCUUAACAUUUGUCAGAUUAGUGGAGAAUUAAGCAGCCACCCUCCCACCUCAUCUCUCUGCAAUCAUUGCAGGCAACACAUAAUCCUCAGGGCAAAUGGGUAAAAUACAACUUGCACUACAAUGGAUGAACUUGAAUCCCACACUGAAUUUAUGGUAAUGCUUUGUACAUGUUUUUUUGUUUCUUUGUUUUCACUGGAAAUAUAAAUUACAUUUACAUGAUUUUAUUAAAGCCAGAUUUAAUUUCUAAAGAAUGUAUUUAUUGACCUUUAUACCCUUACCAAUAUUAAUUUUGCAGGUUUUCUGGCAAGUAAUCAGACAUUGAAUGAGUAAACGAAUAAAAAGCAUUUUAGGAA